CUAAUUUUCAUCAAAACACAGAUAAUUGUUGUUGUGAACGAAAAUGGAAACGAUAUUAUUAAUAUCUCUUUGUGUAACGACAUUCUUAGCUCUUAUGUUCAUAAAAUCACGAUCCAAACGAACCACCACAAAAUUGAACCCACCACCGUCUCCAUGGCGGCUUCCAGUGAUAGGAAACCUUCACCAGCUCAGCCUCCACCCUCACCGCUCCCUCCAUUCCCUCAGCCUCCGCUAUGGACCGCUCAUGCUCCUUCACUUCGGUCGUGUCCCCACCCUCGUAGUCUCAUCAGCCGACAUGGCUCAUGACGUCAUGAAAACAAACGAUCUUAAGUUCGCUGACCGCCCCAAAAGGAAAGCUGUUUCUACGUUUCUGAAUGGUGGGCGAGAUGUGGCCUUUUCCCCUUAUGGAGAAUCUUGGAGGCAAUUUAAGAGUAUAUGUGUUAUGCAUCUCCUCAGCAAAAAGAUGGUUCGGUCGUUUGAGAAAGUAAGAGAAGAAGAGAUAAACGUAAUGAUGGAGAAGGUGGAGAAGGCAGCUUCUUCUUCAUCACCGUUGAACCUAAGUGGGCUUCUUUCGAGUUUGACAAGCGAUUUGAUAUGUAGAAUUGCAUUGGGAAGAAAAUAUAGUAGUGACGGCGAGGAGGUUUGUAAUACAUAUAAUGUUAAGGAAAUAGUCAGAAAGACUAUGGAGCUCUCAGGAUCUUUCCCGCUUGGUGAAUACAUUCCUAGUUUGGCAUGGAUAGAUAAGAUAUGUGGGGUGGAUGAUAAAGUAGAGGAAGUAAGUAACAAGAUUGAUAGUUUUCUUGAAAAAGCAGUGCAAGAACAUGUAGAGGAUCAUGCGGACAAAGAGAGGUCAGAUUUUGUUGAUAUACUUGUCUCGAUUCAGAGAGACAAGACUAUGGGAUUUGAGUUUGAGUGUAUGAAGAAACUCAAAGAUGACAUAUACUCCGCUUCGACGACAACCGCUAAGUUAUAUGUAUCAGAAGAAGAAGUUGCAAAUAUGAAGUACUUAAAGGCUGUGAUCAAGGAAGUGCUACGUUUGCAUCCUCCAGUUCCAAUAAUUCUCCGAGGAUUAUGUGAAGAUGUCAAAUUAAAAGGAUAUGAUAUUGCUGAAGGAACAUUGGUGAUAAUCAAUGCUUGGGCAAUCCAACGAGACACCGAAACUUGGGGAGCGGAUGCAGAAGAAUUUAGGCCAGAGAGGCAUUUAGAUUCACUUGUGGAGUUUGAAGGACAAGAUUUCAUGUACAUACCAUUUGGAUCAGGAAGAAGGCGUUGUCCCGGAAUAAGAUUUGGAUUGACUAUGGCUGAGGUAACACUGGCCAACCUUGUGAAGCGGUUCGACUGGAGAACUAAUGUGAAACCACUAGGAGAUGAUAAGCCUGAUCUAGCUGAAGCAACCGGUGUUGAUGUUUGCCGCAAGUUUCCUCUUGUUGUCUUCCCAUCAUUGGUGGAUCUGGGUGACUGUGAUGAGGUUUUCACGGUGGCGAAUGGAAUUAGGGCUAUCGAGGUUAGCUUAUGCGGUGAAAGUUUUACAAUCGAUUCAAGCUUUGGAAUUAAGCUCUGUUCGGAGGAGAAGGACGGUGGGGAUGAGCCUCGCCAGGUGGUUACCAAAAUCACAUACGUUCAUGGGGUUAGAUGCGGUGGGGAAGGUGAUGGGUUUAUUACGGCGGCGAUGGGUAAUUGCGAUGAGCUUGCCGUGGCGGGUCCGUGUGACUGUUUCGAGCUUCCUUUGGUUUCUUUGGGUGGAAAGGAUGAUUUUGGUUCUGUCACAUAUGGAUUCACGGAGGUUUUUGAGGCUGAUUCAAGAGGGGUUAGGUUCUGGUCCGAAUUUCUCUAUGGUUUUAGCUUUUACUAGGUGGAUUCCGGUUAUUUGUCGAUGGGUUUAUGUCUUUAGUCCAUUCAUCGCUCAUGAUUUAGUUACAUCUCUUAGUUAUUGGCGUCUAAUUGAUCAUGGGAAUUAUGAGUUUUGUGGUCUUUCAAUCCGUCAAUGGAGUGUAAGGAUACAAGAAGGAUUGGUUUUGUUGUUUACGGUAAAAUUAAAGCUUAACAGUAUGA